AUGGACUACCUCCGCACCCCUCUGCCCACCACCUUCCGCCUCACUGCUGGCAAAGAGACGACGCCACAGCUACUCAAGGCUCUCAAGGACAUCUACAUUCCUUUCCUCUCCAACGUCACUUUUGACGGCGAAAAGGUGGAGCCACCCAAGACCCUGCCCUGGUAUCCCCAUGGCCUUGGAUGGCACCUCAACACCAAGAAGAACGUCAUUCGCAAGUCGCCCGAGUUCAAGCGUUUCCACCAGUUCCUCGUCCACGAGACCGACGUUGGAUCCAUUAGCCGUCAGGAGGCCGUCUCGAUGCUUCCGCCUCUCUUCCUUGACGUGCAACCUCACCACCUCGUCCUCGACAUGUGCGCUGCUCCCGGUUCCAAGACCGCACAGCUGAUCGAGUCGCUCCACUCUCCCUUUACAUCGGCUCCUAGCGCCUUUAUCCCUAUGCCCACCGGUCUCGUCAUUGCUAACGACUCUGACACCAAGCGCGCUCACAUGCUCGUCCACCAAUCGCAGCGACUUCCCUCACCCAACCUGUUGGUCACCAACCUCGACGCUUCCAACUACCAGUCCAUUCAGGUCCCUUACAAGUCAGCAGACGCGGACGCACAAGUCGUUCAGACUGCCAUGAAGUACGAUCGCAUCCUUGCCGACGUGCCCUGCUCUGGCGACGGCACCAUCCGCAAGAAUGUCCCCAUCUGGAAGGAGUGGACGCCCAACAACGCUGUCGGCCUCCACGCUCUUCAGCUCAAGAUUCUCAUGCGCGGUCUCAAUCAGCUUCGCGAGGGCGGUCGUCUUGUCUACUCGACCUGCUCCAUGAACCCCAUCGAGAACGAGGCUGUUGUCGCAGAAGCUCUGCGACGCUUCGAAGGCAAGGUGCGCAUCGUCGACUGCAGCUCUCGAUUGCCCGAGCUCGUGCGACGAAAGGGUCUCACAACAUGGAGGGCCGCUCCCGGGCGAGGUGCCCAUCUGUUCGGCAAGUCCAAGUACGCAAAGGAGAAGGCUGCCAAGGCCGCUGCUGUCGACGCCGCGGAUGCUGCCGCCGCCGACGGCGAAGCCGAGCUCGUCGAUGCCGACAUGAAGGAUGCAGAGGGCGAAGCCGACGAGGCGGUCGCAGCUGACGCUGCCGCUGAAGAUGGCGCCACAGAACAGGAACAGGCAACGGAAGCAACUCAGCCCGAAAUCGGAUCCGCCGAAUACCGUGACCGUCUGCCCGAGAUCGCGUGGAUCAACGACUGGGACCAGCUCAACGAGCUCGAUGCCGAUCUCGCCUCGCGCACUCCCAAGUCGCUCUGGCCCCAAGGCGAUGAGGAGGCGCUCGGCACACAGCACUGCAUGCGUCUCUAUCCUCAUCUGCAAGACACGGGUGGAUUCUUCGUCGCCUUGCUCGAAAAGGUGGGCAAUCCGGACGACGAGGGUAUGGCAGCUGGCAUGAUCCGUGCCAUGGAACACCUCGACGCUCAGCGACCCGAUGGCGAGUCGCUCACCAACACUGUCAAGCGGGAGCUCUCGCCUGAAACCGAGGCUAAUGGUGAUGGGCCUGCUGCAAAGAAGUUGAAGGAGGACGAUGGAUCCGCCGCUGUAGUUGCUGCCACCGAGCCUGAGCCAAUCCAGGUCGAUGAGGCAGCCGAGGGCACCAACGUCAAAGAGGACAAGCACGCGGCUGACCGCGCACGAAAAGCCGCUCAGCAGAAAGCCGUCUCGGAAGGUCACGGCAUCCCCGGCGGUCUGCCGUACAAGGAAGAUCCAUUCGCCUACAUCCCACCCACCAACGACCAGGUGCAGGCAUGUAAAAAGUUCUUCGACCUCAAAGACACUUUCCCCCUUCGCAACCUUCUGGUGCGAAACGAAGACCACCAACCUCUUCGAUCGGUCUACCUCACCUCCACCACCGCCCGUGCCGUCAUCACUGGCGGCGGCCCCGGUCGCGGCAACCACCCUCACAUGAACCCCAUCUCGCUCCGCCUCAUCAACUGCGGCAUCAAGAGCCUGGGUCGACAAGACGCCGGCCGCGACGGCACGCUCGAGUGCAAGUGGCGCAUCAUUUCGGACGCAAUCCUCUCCAUUCGUCCUCUCAUCGAGGAGCGAACGGUUCUCAAAGCUCAACUCAAAGAUCUGGCUUUCCUGAUCGCUCACCACUAUCCCAUUCUCGACAACGUGCCUGGUGAAUUCGGCGAACUGCUCAAGAGCAAGAAGAUUGGAAGCUAUGUGGUUGAUGUGCUGCCAUCGGAGCAUGAGGGUAGGAAGCUGGAGUACAAGAUGAGCUUCCCUAUUUGGAGGGCGGUCAACAGUGUCAACCUGAUGCUGGAUAAGCAGGAGAAGAGCGCUUUGUCGUUCCGAAUCUUUGACACGGAUCUAUCGAGCGCCGACGGUGGACGACAAUUCUCUUCUCAACCAUCGAAAAAGUCCAAGACCGCAACGACCAAGGACACUGAGAUGCAACUCUCGGACGCAGAAGACGCUGCACGAGCCGCCUCCAUGUCCACCACCACCCCCGUCGCUCCUCCCGCAGUCCAGCUGGCCGACUACCAAUCGUCCUACAUCCAACUCGCGCUCGACUCGUCCAUUCUCAAAUUCGACGGACCCUACACGCUCAAAUCCGGUCGGCUCUCGCCGUACUUUUUCAACGCGGGUCUGUUCAACACCGGAUCCAAGGUGGUCAAGGUCGCCGAAUGCUACGCACGACGAAUCGUGGAAUCGGGUGUGCAGUUCGAUGUGCUCUUCGGACCUGCUUACAAAGGUAUCCCCCUGGCCGCGGCAACGGCGAUGGCGUUGCAGCUGAACCACGGCAUUGACGUUGGAUUCUGCUUCAACCGCAAAGAAGCCAAGACGCACGGUGAAGGAGGAUCGCUGGUAGGAGCAGAGUUGAAAGGGCGGGUCUUGAUUCUGGACGAUGUCAUCACAGCGGGUACAGCGAUCAACGAAGCCAUGGACAUCAUCGCCUCGCAGAAGGAAGCCAAACUCGCAGGUGUCGUCAUCGCCCUCGAUCGACAGGAGAAAUCCGCCAAGGACGGCGUGCCCGGAGAAACCUCGGCCAUCCAGGAGGUGGAAAAGAGAUACGCAACCAGCGUCUUCUCCGUAGUCACGCUCGAUCAGAUCAUCGAGUUCAUGCAGAGAGAGGGCGACAAGUACGCCGAGAAGAUCGGAAAGAUGAACGAGUACAGGAUCGAGUACGGCACCAGCGAGGUGGCCAAGGCUCAGGCCCAGGCUGCUGCUAAGAAGUAG